AUGCAAGUGGGUUCCAUCGCCCAAAGACAUAACAAAGGUCAACGUGGAUGGCGCUUUCAAUACGAGGACCGGGCACAGAGGAUGGGGAUUAUCUGUAGGAACACUUCUUCAGGAUGCCUCGCCGGCCUGCUCGAGCUUGAGCUCCGCGCUUGCCGAACCGUCGCCGACCGCGUCCUCCUCAUCGCCGCUGACCGGUGCUGUGCUCUCAAGUCUCUACUUGUGUAUGACGGCGGCAGCAGGGAGGCCCUCCUCCAGUUCAUCCGUCGGCGCGGCGCCGCACUGCACACCUUGGACCUCCGCCUGCCUCUCGACCUGCACAACGACCACCUCCUUGCAAUCGGCGCAGAGCAAGGCUACGACACCCGGGGCAGUCUUGCCGUGCUUCGCCUUCAAAGCUGUGUCCUCGUCACGGGGGACGGGCUUCGUUCUCUCGCGCGCACGGCCAUUGGGGCGGGCAUCAAAGAUGUCGCCCUGGUGAGCUGCGACGUAGUUGAACGGGAGCCUGGGCUGCUCACGUUCCUCAGCCAGAGCAUGCGCCACCUCCGCCGGCUUGAUCUGUCUUACAACGAGACCCUGAAGGACAAGGAGAUUGGAGCCAUGCUAUCGUCUUGCCGGAAUCUGAUUGAUAUCAGGUUUAGGGGUUGCCGCGGCAUUACCGGAGAAUCGCUGGUCUCGUUGCUUAGGCACUGUGGGCAGACAGUGGAGGUCGUGGACAUCUCCCGCUGCCCUGCCAUUAAAGUGGCCAGUGUCGAACUCUUUGCACAGCGAGCCACCCGUUUGAAUCAUUUGGUCAUCGAGGUGAGCUCUGUGUCGGAGGAACUGAAGGCGAUUGCACGGACCAAAGGCAUGAAGGUUGGCCCAUUGCCUUGUGAAGGAUCAUUCUGA